GCGGCGCGAGGCAGCGGGAAGCGGCGGGCGACGCCGUGUGUACCGCUCCCGCCAUGGAGCACCUGCCCAAGGACGGCGAGAGCGCGGCAGCGGCGGGCGGGGAGCCCGGCCGGGGCGCCGCCUCGCCCAGCGGGGUGGUGGUGCAGGUGCGGGAGAAGAAGGGGCCGCUGCGCGCCGCCAUCCCCUACAUGCCUUUCCCCGUGGCCGUGCUCUGCCUCUUCCUCAACACCUUCGUGCCGGGGCUGGGAACAUUUGUGUCUGCCUUCACAGUGCUGUGCGGAGCCCGGACUGACCUCCCUGACAGACACAUGUGCUGUGUCUUCUGGUUGAACAUUGCUGCAGCUCUCAUUCAGAUCCUGACGGCUAUCGUGAUGGUUGGCUGGAUCAUGAGUAUAUUUUGGGGAAUGGACAUGGUCAUUCUUGCUAGCUACAAGGAACAGGGGAUCCCACAGCAGCUGUAAUGGCUGGGACAAGCGUGUUCCGAGGAACACGACAAGAGGUUUCCAGGUUUCGUUUGGCAGCUGUGGGCACAAGGACCUUUUUCAUUUUCAUUUUUCUUUUCUUUUCUUUUUUCUUUUUACCAACACGUCUGUCUGUUCAGCGGAGCGGCGGUGCAGAGCAACAGAUGGGGACCUGCACUGAUCCCUUUUAGAACCGGAGGUGAAGCAAAACGCGGUGCAGGUUAGGACUGGCACAGUCAACAUGUCAUGAUGGGCAACCGAUCCGGAGGAGGGAGGAGAGCAUUGCUAGAGUGAGACGUCGCUGAGGAAGAGGGCACUUGGGCAGGCUGCCGGGACAAGAGAUCUGGUAGCUGGGGACUCUGCUUUCUUCAUCUGCAGGUUGGGAAGCAGCUGGAGACAUUUUGCCUCCUUUAUAAUUCACCAUUGAAUGAACCCAGCUGUGAAUAUCAAUGCCAAGGAGCUAUUUAUAGAUCUCUGUACAGUAUGUAAAAGCAAAAGCUGAAUGGUACCUUGUUUCCUGAGAGCUCUUUCUUGACUGCUUUGUGGUAGCAAAGGGGUGCAACUCAGCCUUUUUCCUGCUCUGUGUGUGCGCGUGUGUUUAUGAUGCUCACUGAAGCUCUGUCAUUGCAGAUGUCCUGAGAUUUUGCUUGCUGUAAAUCAUACUUAACUGCUAAGGGGACUCAGGCUGGGAAUACGUCCUGCCCUCCUACCCGCUGAAAGCCGAGAAGAGGCAGAAUCUACUGCCAGCCAGUGCCAGACUAAUACUUGCAAAGGACUGGUACUCAGUUGUGUGAUCCGUGCUUUGUGCUGGGGGUGGGCUGGGGGAGGUUACGUGCUGUCUAUAGCUUCUGGCUGAACCUGGAAUUUACAGGGAAUAAAAUGUCCCUCCUGCACCUGCCCCAGCCCCUGCCUCUGAAAGAGACUUGCUGAUAAAUAUCAUUGUAUUUUGGAAAUUA